AUGACGAUCACUCAUCGACCGUACCUUCUUAGGAGAUGUCGCACGAAGAGUCUCGUCUUGUAUUCUGCCGAAACAACGUGGUCCGCCACUAAUGAGUUGCAUUGUCCGAAGAGCGUUCACAUCCACUAAUGAAUUGCGUUUAUAUAUGAACAACGAUUAUAUGUUGAGCUUGAGCUUUGUUGUUUUCUCCAAAAGUCAAUUAC